CAGGGCGCUGCGGCCGGAUGCUGCUGCGGGGGCUGGCAGGGGCGCGCCGGGGGCCCCCAAACAGCCCCAGGGGGACCCCACGCCCCCCCACCACCUCCUGCAGCCCCCGGGAGCGUUCGGACACCGCCACCUCGGACGACCCAGGAAGGGACAGCAGGACAGCCACCCCCAAGGGCGACAGGGGGGACCCCCCUGCAGCCCCCCCGAUGCCCCCCCCGCCCACCCACUGCUGCGGGACCGGCUGCCCCAACUGUGUCUGGGUGGGAUACGUGGAGGAGCUGCUGGAGCGGCACCGGGACGGCGGAGCCCAGGCCUUGGCGGCCGUGGAGCAGCACGUGGAGGACGAGAACAUCAAAAUGAUCCUCAGGAUGGAGAUCAGGCUGCGUGCCAGGAAGGACUGAGCCUCCCACGGGCUCCCCAGAUGGUUGGGGGAUGCCCCAGGGGGGACAGGAUCCGGGCCUGGGUGGUUGGGAGAGUUUGUUGUGUGCUGAGCGCGGCACCCCGGGAGUGUCACGCGAGGUUGGGUCACCUCCUGUCUCAGAGGGAGCUGUCCUUGGGGACAGGUGGUGGCUCAGGGCUGUCCUGAGCCCUGGAUUUCCCGGGAGCUGGAUGCUGUGCCCUCCCCAACAUGGCAAAUCCCUGCCAAGGGCAGCCUGAGCGGCUCCCCAGCCCUCCUCCUUCUCCUCCUCCUGUGCUCCCAGCUGGAAUUUAAGCACCUUGGGGGGAUUUUCAGCACCUUGGCCAUGCCUUGGUGAUGGGGGGGCCAGACCCCUCCCCACUGGCACCACAAAGCCUCUUAGGGGCCUCUCUGGGGGCUCGGGGGCAGCGUGUGGCACCAGGCACGUGGGAAGCAGCAGCCUCCUGUCAAGGACACUGUCCCUGGUGUCACAUCCAGCCUGCUCACCAAGCUGCCUUUUCUGCCUCCAUCUUAAAUCCCCAGACACUUGUCCCAAACUUGUCCCUUCAUCCUGGGGGACUUGCAGCUGUUGAGACCCACCCAGACCCCCCCACGUCAUCCCAGGACAAGGUCCCCAAGAAGCCACCCAGCCCUGGAGUGUCACGCACUAAUGAACCCCAAUUAACAGCCAGGCUCUGCUCUCUGCCAGGGAAGUAGGUGCUUCUCCAUGGAAAACACUCCUGCAUCCCUUUAAUCCUAUUUGUUGGAGCCCAACUAAUUGCAAUUAGUGGCAGGGGCUGAAGUUCAAUUAAAGUGUGCCGA